AUGACUGAAUUCAAUACGGCAAGCUUUUUGACGCAGUUGGAUGCAUUUGGGCGCCCGCCUCCACCGCAAAAGUUGAAUGACGGCCGUGGAGGCGUCGCCAAGGACCUCGCCUCGAAAUUGGACAUGAUCAAUUUGGACAAGCAGCGGCGGAUUCGAGGCGAGAUGCUGGCACCAUCUGGGAAAGGGAUGGUACAGUUGGGCUUGGGUAGUGGAACAAACCGUGUAAAUCGACAUGAAAUACGCGACACAGAUGUGCAGAAAUGGCGAAACGAUGUACUCUCAGUGAAUCGCCCACGUAUCAAUGGCUUCAACCAACACGAAACUGCUGAGAGCGCUAGAGAAUAUGCAAGAAAAAUCGCCGGAACAAUUCCGAAGACGAACGGCUACCAUGCUAACAGUGAGAGUGAAGAUGACGGCGGCAUUCGUAGCGACUCCGCAACAAACUCGCUGCCAUCACCACCUGGAGAGCUAACGGUGACCACGAAUCACGAACGCAAGUAUUCGGACUACUCCUCUGCGUCUAGCCAAAAGUCGCCGACUCCGCCCAGUCAGUCAUCGUUCUCCGACUAUUCGUCCACCUAUCGUUCGCAGGUUUCACCACCGGACUCGCAGCGAUCGGACAGUCCACUGAAGACCGAGACCAUAACCAAAGUGAACGUAAGCAGUGUACAGGCAGACAGGUUCUCGCCUUUGGCUAGGAGAAGUCCUGCCGAGAGGGCUUCACCGAAACAAAAGUCCGACCUGAGUUUGGCAGAGAUCUUGAGUCGCAAGCAGCAGACCGGCAACGGCUCGUCCUCCAACUACGCUGUUGGACUCACAAAGCAGGUGCGACUGACGGACCAGAAACUGCCCACCGGCAAGCCGCCGGCAUUCAAGCACGCAAACGACGACCAGAAGCGCCAGGCGAAGUGGCGCGAGAUAACCGACACAUUAGAGUCGCAGGACAGAAAAUUCGAGAAGCUCAGCGAACAGCUUCGUAGAGACCUCGUGGUCGAGCAGAAACAUCAAGUUGGUUUAUGUGCAAACUGUCGUCUUCCAAUGUAUGAUAACGAGGAUCGUUACACUGUCAAUGAUUCUACAUAUCAUCGAGCCUGCUUCAUAUGUGAGGUCUGCGGAAGAGAAUUAAGGGAGCAGCAGUUCUAUCUUAGCGAUGGACGAUUCUACUGUAAACAAGAUUAUUUGUACAAUAUGGACAAAAAAGUCACACGAUGCUAUCAAUGCAAGGAACCGAUAAAGGACAUGGUGUUGUCAGCAUUGAAUCAUAACUACCAUCCAGCAUGCUUCCGAUGUACUGGAUGUGGAAUUUGUCUAGAUGGGGUGCCAUUUGCCCUCGACAAAGAAAACCAGGUGUACUGUAUGCCGGACUACCAUGAUCGUUUCGCGCCACGGUGUUAUCGAUGCAAACAACCGAUUCUUCCUGAUGAGAAAACAGGUGAGACCGUUCGAAUCGUGGCCCUUGAUAACAACUAUCACGUCGACUGCUAUUCUUGCGAGGGAUGUGGUCUCAAACUUACCGACGAAGGUGACGCUUUCUGCUAUCCAUUGGGGAAACACCUGCUGUGUGAACGAUGCCAUCUUCACUGGAGGCGUUCCGGAGCUGAAGCUCCAAUCUCCGAUUUGUAA